AUCGGCGCCACUCGCCCGGCCCGGCUUCCGAGGGGAGAAAGCGGGCUGGCCGGGCUGGGGACCCGCGUCUCGGCCCUCGGAGCGGGGAGGGGACCGCGGCGAUCGACCCCGGCCCCGCUACCGAGCCCCUUCGGCGGCAGGUCGCUCCUGCGCUUGGCCCAGCCCAGCAUGCAGCCUUGAACCUGGCUUAGGCCACCACCUACUCCAGCUCUCUACAACCCCUAUUUUACCGUGGCUCGUGGUGUAGGCUCUAGGCUCCAAGGUACAGCAUCUCUUCAUUUAGGAAACCCCACGCCUCCAGAGGGCCCUGCGGAUCCCGCAGUCGGCCCUCUGAGAAGACAGCAUGGCUAUUACUCUGCAGCCCAGUGACCUGAUCUUUGAGUUUGCAAGCAACGGAAUGGAUGACAUCCACCAGCUGGAAGACCCCUCAGUGUUCCCAGCUGUGAUCGUGGAGCAGGUCCCCUACCCCGAAUUACUGCAUCUGUACUCAGGCCUGGAGCUGGACGACGUUCACAAUGGCAUCAUAACAGACGGGACCUUGUGCAUGACUCAGGAUCAGAUCCUGGAGGGCAGUUUUUUGCUGGCAGAUGACAAUGAAGCAACCUCGCAAACCAUGUCAACCACUGAAGUCUUGCUCAACGUCGAGUCUCCCAAUGACAUCCUGGAUGAGAAGCAGAUCUUCAGCACCUCCGAAAUGCUUCCAGACCCGGACCCUGCUCCAGCUGUCACUCUGCCCAACUACCUGUUUCCUGUCUCUGAGCCCGACGCCCUGAACAGGGCUGGUGACACUGGUGACCAGGAGGAACACUGUCUGGAGGAGAAGGUCCCCAGAGAAGAAAGUGCCAAGAAGACUGGAAAAUCGAAGAAGAGAAUCCGGAAGACCAAGGGCAACCGCAGUACCUCACCUGUCACUGACCCCAGCAUCCCCAUUCGGAAGAAAUCGAAGGAUGGCAAAGGCAGCACCAUCUACCUGUGGGAGUUCCUCCUCGCACUUCUGCAAGACCGGAACACCUGCCCCAAGUACAUCAAGUGGACCCAGCGAGAGAAAGGCAUCUUCAAGCUGGUGGAUUCCAAAGCGGUGUCCAAGCUGUGGGGGAAGCAGAAGAACAAGCCUGACAUGAACUAUGAGACGAUGGGGCGGGCACUAAGAUAUUACUACCAAAGAGGCAUCCUUGCCAAAGUGGAAGGACAGAGGCUGGUGUACCAGUUUAAGGAGAUGCCCAAGGACCUGGUGGUGAUUGAAGACGAAGAUGAGAGAAGUGAAGUCACAGCCACAUCCCCUCAGGCCUCCGCUCCCUGCACCUCGUCCAGCAGCACCACCCGGCGAGCCAGCUCCAGGGUAUCAUCCAGAGCUGCCCCGCAUGGCAGGGGCGCCACUUCCUGGGAAAAGCCAAAGGUUCAGCACGUUGGUCUACAGCCAUCUGCGAGUCUGGAAUCGGGACUGUCUCUAGACGAGGAGAUCCCCACUACCUCCACGGUGCUUGUCUCUCCACCAGAGAGCCAGGCCAAACGCACCAAAGCUGUGAGUACGUCUUCAGUGCCCAGCAACAUCCACCUAGGAGUGGCCCCUGUCGGGUCAGGCUCGGCCUUGACCCUGCAGACCAUCCCGCUGACCACCGUGCUGACCAACGGGCCUCCUGCCAGUACUACUGCUUCAACCCAGCUCGUUCUCCAGAGUGUUCCGCCUGCUUCGACCUUCAAGGACACCUUCACUUUGCAGGCCUCCUUCCCCCUGAACACCAGUUUCCAAGAGAACCAGGUGGCCGCACCAGGGGCUCCGCUGAUUCUCAGUAGCCUCCCCCAAAUUCUGGCUGGGGGCAACUGUGCGACCAAUCCAGCACCACCCUCGGUCACAGGGGCUGGCCCAGCCGGGCCCAGCUCUCAGCCCCCCGGGACUGUGAUUGCGGCCUUCAUCAGGACUUCCGGUGCCACAGCAGCCCCUGGGGUCAAGGAGGGGCCGCUGAGGCCCUCCUCCUAUGUACAGGGCAUGAUGACUGGGGCCCCCAUGGAGGGGCUGCUGGUUCCUGAAGAGACCCUGAGGGAGCUCCUGAGGGAUCAGGCUCACCUUCAGCCACUUCCAACCCAGAGUAUUUACUAUCCCGUAUGUGAAUAUCUCUGUACGUAUUUGUGUGUACUCGUGGGUCUGUAUCUCCAUUUCUUUGGUGAGGACGGGGGUGUAGCUGUGAGGUCUUCAAGGGUGUGUGUCUCUCUGUGGGUCAGCCACAGAGAUGGGGAAUUUUCUGUUUUAAGGGAAAGCCUUCUCCGGUUCCCUUUGUACAAACCAAGAUUCGGUUGUUCUGAGCCUAUGGGGUACAGGUUGGAGCCCCCAAAUCUGGAGAGAUGUCACAGAGCUGGAGCAGGUCCACGGGAGGAGACCUUCAAUGGGCACGUGUGUUGGGGAAGACGCUUUCUUCCUGGGCUCAGCCUCUUUGCCCACCAGUCAUCAGCCAGCAGGCCGGAAACGUCAGCUCCCCGGAGUGCUUUGCUGAAGCGCCCCUCCGGGGGCAGACCCAGCCACAAAGUCCCCAGGGGGAGGGGGGCUAAAUUAGCUGGAUAUUUGCGCCAAGGGCUCGGGCUGUAACACCAGCCUUCAUGGGCGCCCUGCCCUGCACCCCGGAUCCUGGCUUCCCUCCUGAUUAAUUUUGCCCCUGCCGCUUCCCUGCUGGCAGGUGGUGCCGGGGACAGUCGGAUAAUCCAGUAGCAACGUGCUUUGGGCCCGCCUCCGUCACCGCUCGUGCCUACUUGCUGCUCAGCCUACUUUCUACUCCCCUCACAGGUCGGUCCACCCAGCCACUCCCGCGACGGCUGCAGCAGACCACCUCCAGUGGGCCUCGGCCCCUGAUCUCCAGCUUUCUCACCUCACCCUGAUUCCUCCUCCACGAAGAUGGGAGCCAGCAGCUGUGAGCUUCCCGUCCCUCCUGUCUCUCCACGUGCCUUCCUUCCGUCUUUCCUCUUUCUGAGAAGGGCUCAGCCAACUUUCUCGUGAAGUCAACCCCUCGACCUGGGGCCUCCAUCCCGUCCCCUUUCUCUUCUGUGAAUUCGCUUUCCUCUCUCCGCCAAGUUUCAGAGCCAGGCUAAGAGCUCUAAUGUGUCAGCCUUGGAAACAGUGAUAUUAUCUGAUGAAUUUGGUUAAUGUGAAUCAGUGCCUCAGGACCUUUGCUAUGUCCUUGGCACAAAACCAGCCACGUGACCUAACUACCUCCCCUGGUUGCCCUUCUCUCCUGGUCACUGCCAAGCCCAUUAUCGUCCUCUUGUUCUCCCUCUUCUCCCCCCAGGAGGGAAGCAUAUAUGGUUGUGCAGGUGUAUUUCUUACACGUCUCCAGCGCUUGGCGUUAACGUGACUUUUUCUAAUAAAAUCAGUUUAUUAUGACCAUUUCCUGGUGGUGGAAAGUAAAGCAUCUUGAAAAGGGUCACCUUUAAAAGUAAUUUUGGCACAAAGGUGCCACAUGGGUUAAGAGUGGCCCGGCCCCCCCUCACCCCAACCCCAUAGAACUCAUCAUACGAAGGUCUUCUUCACAGUUCUUGGCCCCUGUGAGCCCUCACGGCACAUGACACUACUUCCCAUCCCCUUCGGCACUAGCUGGGCUCACCCGAGCCCUCUGUCACCCUCUCUCUCUGUGCCCGUGCUGGCUCCACAUCUACCACUUUACGUGUGGGUGCCCGCAAGGGCUUCAUCCAUCCUCCUGGCUCCAGGAGGGCUCUUUGGGUUGGGUCUGAAAUCUAGAGCUCCAGCCCUCACUCUUCUCCUCAGCUUCUGGCUCACAUUUCUAGCGGUCUGCUGGGUAGUUCUACCUGGAUGCCUGUCAGUCCCUCAAAGAGUGCCCCUCUGUCAAAAAUGGAUUUUUGAAAGUCCUCCACACACACAAAACCUUUCGAAACAAAACGGCCGUCAUGACUUGCCUGUUUCUGUUAAUGGUGCCACCAUUUUCCUGACCUUCUAAGCUUGACAUUUCAGAGCCAGCUGACGGCUGCGUUCACUUGACCCUGUCCCCUCCCCAUUUCCUGAACUCCAGCGCAGUUCCCCACUGUCUCUCAAAUCUGGCCGUUCUUCCACAGUCCCAGCCUAGCUGAAACUCACUCAGAGCUUAACCCCCUCCCCAGACAUAUUGGCAGCCCCCCAGGGUGAUCCGACUCAGCCCGUCCAAUCUGCCAGGGCACCACCUCUGUUAUUCCUCUGCCAGGAUGCCUCCAGGUCGGGGUGACACUCAAAAUACUUCACCUCCAAUCUGUUCUGAGCAGCUGGGCAUUAACCCUUUAUUUUCUGAAUCGUGAGGCAGUCCAGGGGUCCUGGAGGAGGUGUGGGGGAGCACUUGAGGGCUCAGGGCAGCCGUUCCAGAAGUAUUUUGCGCUUAGCAUCAGCUCUGUCUUCAGACAGGUUCCCAAGUCUUUGACCUUCUGGCAAGGCCCUUCACCAUCAGGGCCUGACUUCCCCAAUCGGCUCAACAUUGCUCCCCUGACCUGUGUACUGCUCCAGUCAAAGGGAUGGAUUGGCUGGACUUUGAAUGUGCCUCUGUUGGAGUUUCCCACCUCUGUGCUUUUGCUUUACUUGCUUCUGCUCAACCGGAAUGGUCUUCCCACCCCGCUAGUACCAAUUAAGUUGUAUCCAUCCUUCAAGCCUUGGUUCAUGGAAGCUGCCUCCCCAGACCAGCCUAUCCUUAAGUGAGUUCAUUUAAACUUGUUGCAGUUGCCACUCUUUUGGCAACUGAUUGUGAGCAGCCUGUGACAUCUCCUCUAUAAUAAUCACAAACUGUUACUCAAAUCUUCAGUGACCUGAACCUAUUUAGUCUCCCCAAUUAGUGUGUUACCUUCUGAGGGGCAGGGGACUGUAUCACCCAAAGAGCAGGGCACACUACGAAGCAACUAGUGAGCAUCAGCGGACGGUUACUGAUUGAGCUGGUGAGAGAUGGGGGACCAAAGUUUGAGGUAGGUGACCUCCGACCUCCCCUCUGCACAGGCACUCACCCCAGGUGCUCCACUGCCCAGGGCCUGCCCUCCCUGGCUCAGUGCCCUCAUGGUACCCCCACCCCACCCCCCCAGCCUUAGCACCCAAGAGUUGUUACUACUUUGAACAUCUCCUGCCCCUAAAGAAACUUACCUGUCCAGUUUCUUUCCUACUCGAAGUGUUAAAUUAGCUAAUCUGAUAAACUAACCUGUGCUGAUAUAGUUAUGGGAGAGGGCUAGAGGAGAGCCUCAGGAGACAGGUUCAUUUCAACCAGGGUCACGUGGCAACAACAUCCCUGCCUUUGCAAUGGUUUAAUACAGUCAAGAGACUUGCUCCUCACCCCCAGCAGCUGAUGCAUUACUCCCUCCUCUGAGCUCCCACAGCACUUUGUAUAUACCUCUUAUUGUAGCACUUAGCACAUGGUAGCUCCUUAGCUAUGUGUUUAUGUAUGUUUCCCCUCCGAUAGACUGUGAGCUCCUCAAGGACAGGGACUGUGUGUUAGUCACUGAUGUAUCCCCAGCGCCUAGCACAGUGCCUGGCACACAGUAGGUGCUCAAUAAAUGUUUA